UUUACAAAUGCUCUUAUAUAGAGAUAAUUAACAUUCUUUAAUAUUUCUUUUUAUAAUUUUUUUCCGGAUGUAUAAUAGAUAAAAAAAGUAUAUAGGCUUUAAUAUUUUGAGGACCCAUUUAAAAAAAGGAAAAUGAGACAUUUUUGAAUUUGAUUCUUGCAGAAAUUUUGUACUUAUCUAUAGAUAAUAAUUAUUAUCUUAAGAUAAUAUCUAUAACUUUAUAUUACCUGUUUUCGGUUUGAAUUUCAUCGAAAUAAAAUUGUGAAGUACUGGUAGAGAAUGACUUGACACAAUAUUCCAAAUUUAAAAACAAUGAACUAUAGAAAAUCCUUCAACGUUACAAUAUUGUAAAUAAUUUUGAAAAAUCAUUGGCUCAUCUAUAUAUAUAAUAGAUUUUAGUUCAAAAAUCAAUUAUUUUAUAUUACAUUAUUUUUUAAAUACAAAAUUUUAAAAUUUUUAUCAUGAAUGGCUGUCGUCCCUAGACAUUUUUGAGGGCUGAAGAUUACGAGAAGUUUAUUGAAAUUCUGGAUUCUGAAGACGUUUUCUUCCAAUUUGAUCUCGCAUAAGCAAUAACAAUUAAACCAAAGAUUAAAUUGCGCAAGCUCGCUGAUAAAUCGAUGACUCAUCUCACUCUUCACCGAUAACCUUUCGGCAUUUUUUAGUGACAAAAACAGCUAGUGCGGAUUCAGGAAUUGGGAUUCGCGAUAAUGCGAAUCAGAAAAGAACUUUUCUUAUGAGUAAAAUAAACCACAUCACUUCAGAAUUAUUUACAAUUCUAUUUGAUUUGUUAAGAUUUCUUUCCUGCGCCGCUCGAAAAAUUAUCGAUACAGAGCAUAUGUAUCUAAAGGCCUUCAAUCGUAUCACCAACCGUUAUGGCAAGGAAUUCACAUGGGAGCAUAAGGCACAAACGAUGGGUUUCAAAACCAAAAAUGUUGCUGAUUAUGCGGUUAAAACAUUAGAAUUACCAUUAACAACGGAUGAAUUCAAGCAGGAGAUUAUUGGGAUUUAUCAGAAGUUGUUUCCACAUACCGAACCCAUGCCAGGUGCCAUUCGCUUAGUGAAGCACCUGAAAGAGAACAACAUUCCGAUUGCAUUAGCGACAAGUUCGGAUCGAGAGAACUACGAGUUAAAAACGAAGCGUUGGCACGACUUCUUCGAACUCUUUCACCAUAAAGUGCUCGGCGGUUCGGAUUCCGAAGUCACGCACGGAAAACCGAAACCUGACAUAUUUCUCAUAGCUGCCAAGCGGUUUCCGAACAAUCCGGAUCCUUCAAAGUGUCUUGUCUUCGAGGAUUCACCGAAUGGCGUAAAAGCGGCACUUAACGCCGGAAUGCAAGUUGUUAUGGUGCCAGACCCGAUGCUUCCCAAACGUUUUACGAACGAAGCGACUUUGGUCUUGGACAGUCUCGAGAACUUUCAGCCGGAAAAGUUCGGACUACCGCCAUAUCCGUAGUACAUCUUUUUCUCAGUUUAUCGCAUAUGGUACAGAUUCAAAUGAGACAUACACGCACGGAAGUACUUCGUAUAUAAAAACAAUUUGUAAAAUUUUCUUAAUCACAGUUUAAUUGUCGUAUUCCCCCCUCCCCUCCAGUCGAUUUCUUAUGACCAAGAGUGAUAAAAAUCUACUUCACGAGCACUAUUUGUCCUUGUUCAAUAUUCGAUAAACAACAAGAAUAAAAUGAUUCAAUAGCAUUACAAA